CACUUAAUUGCGCCACAAUUCCAGUUUGCAAAGGCAUUACAAGCCAGAGACCGGAGAAGACUCGGCCAGAAGCCUGUGUACAGUAGACAGUAGGAGACUUCAAGCCCCCUUGGCUGAAUUCAAGUUUAAGCCCGGCUCAAAGCAGCCGCUCAGCCACUCGGCCACUCGACCACUCGACCACUCAGUGCAAAUCGAAACCGCGACGCGACAACAACGAACCGCUCACUCUGAAAAAGAGUAUUAAAAUAAAUUAAUAGAAAUACAACAAAGACAAAGUCAAGCGGCAGAAGAUCUACAACAAAAGCCACAACAAUGAACGCCUUACUGGGAGUGCUCUGCCUGCUGCAGACGGCCAGCCUGGUGCCCGCCCAGCUGAUUACCCUGCGCGAUGGCAAGGUGGGCGUGAACUUUGCCGGAUACCAUGCGGAUGCCGGACUGGGCGGCCUGCUCACGGGCAUCGCGGCCCACGGCGGACUCAGUGCCUCCGCCGGAACUCCAUGGGGCCCCCGGGCAGCAGCCGGUCUCGGUGGCAAUCUGAAUGGACGCACCUCCGGUGUGGGCUAUGCCGUCGCCGAGGCCAAUCCCUCGGUGGGUGCCAGUGCCCUGCUGGGCGGCAGUGCCGGAGAACAUGGUUAUAUUGGAGCGGAAGCCCAUAGUCCGGGCAAGACGGUGGUGUCAUCCAAGCAGCACAGUGUCCAGCCAGCAUAUCCUUCCGAUCCUGGCAAUCCCUCUUUGCCCACCCUGGCACCCGUGACUCCACAACCAACUGGAAGCAAUCACAUACAGAGGGUGAAGCCUCCCAAGAAGUACUCGCUGAUCAGUCAAGAGCCGGACCGCAGCGGAAUCAAUGAAAAUGAUGUUAAAGCGGUCGCCGAUGCUGUUGCGGUGGAUAAACACCCGUCCGCCUCGUUGAUAAUUGUCAAGCGACCACGCCUACGCGCCAAGCACAUACGCCCACGUCCUGUGCGGCAACGGAACGUAUACGUGAUGCAGCAGCAACAGCAGCAGGAGCAGGACGAGGAGGAGAAGCAAAUUCCCCAGGAGGAGGCACAACAGGACGAGCAACAGUCGCCCGUUGAGGUAACCAGCGAGGCCAAGGUGGUCCAGACCCACAAGUACAAGUCCGUGCAGCGACCUCAGGCCGUGAACAAUCGCUUUAUAGCACCUCAAUCCCAGGGAACCGUGGGACUGGCUUUGGAUAUUCCCAUUGGCAUCCUGCGCUCCUUGCAGCAAUCUUUGGGAGCCCUCACCGGCGGAGUAGCUCCUCCGCAGCAUGCUGCUCCUGUCCAGCAUCACUAAGCUAAGCUCUUCGACAAGGCCCUGGAAAUCCAGUUAACGGUAUUUGUAAGCCCUUCUUUAAACACCUCCACCCCGUCCUUAACCCGGUGAAAAUCAAUACGCCCAAGACAAAGGCAGUUGUAUUCAAUAAAGAUGAGUGACAAAAAAAAUCGGACAUAAUAGAGUUUUUCGAAACAAUGUCUUGGCUUUAAAGUACAGUACAUACUCGUUAAAAAAUGUAUAUUUUAUGAAUACAGUUAAUAAUUUGUAUAUAAUUUGUAGUUUGGCAAAGGCUAAACUAUCGUUAUAAAAGGGCUUGCUUACCUUAUAUACAAAU